UAGCCUCACAGUUUUGUUCUUUGCAAUUUGUGUGUAAAUUGCAUAUUUUAUUGUUGACGAUGAAGACGCUCGGACCGUACUGAUGGGUUACGCAAGUGCCACGCUAAUCAUUAUUCACUGAUGCUGGCGUAUCACACAAUGGAGUUGGGAGAUGUGCGUAGCAGAUCAGCGGAUAGCGUUUAUAAGAGGCAGCAGUGUGCCUUGCCAUGAUCAACGCAGAAUCAACAAGUGCAGUUGAGGCUGAUGCGCCAGUUGACAAGAUUGCAAAGGCUAAGGAUGACAGCAGAAGGGCUGAUGCUGAACAGACUGCACAUGUUGAAGCGGUUUGCGUAGCCAGCAUAUGAACAGGCAAGAUCGAGGAGCAAGUGAUUACCCAUACCUGGUCAUAUUGGUGUGAAGUCAGCCAUAACUAUUGGUUAUGCUCUGGGGCAUGCUGUCAUCUGACCAGUCAAGAAACACUGCCUGAGAAUACGAUAGUGUUUGGCCAGGGCAAACAGCGUCGAGUGCAAGGUGAUAAACCCACGGCACCGACAUUACAGCUGGACUUCCUAACAAAGAUAUUGCCAAACUACCAUCACCUGCAGACGUCACAGUCGGCAGCAGCAGCAGCAGCAAUAUCUUGACCAAAGGUAUCCUUGCCCCAUCCACCUAACGUGGCCCUGUGUUUUUUGCUGCAAACCCGCAUUCGCUGAACACGAGGUCUAAGAUGUAAUUGACUAGAUCAAAUCACUGGUCACUCUAUCGAAACCUAUCAAUUUCCUCUGUAUGUUCUGCUGUGGGACAUGUUAUCGUGUCUCAUUCUUUCACCUGCUGAUCAUAUAGCACAGAUAUUGUUUUAACAUUGUACUCAGCAGAGUAAUGCUGGUGUGUGUAUUUACACACAGCUAGAUCAUUGUCACAUUCAUGUGCAUUGUCUGACUCGAUGGUUUAUAUAAUUAUGCACCACAGGCUGAUAUGGGUAACCAUUCACGACAUCUCUCCAGAGGUGCGUUGUACACACAUUUCUAACCUAUUGCUUGGAUAUGCAGGUUCUAGGCGGUAUCCCAGUACUAGGAAAUGCCCACGCAAGGCUAUAAUCUCUGUUUCUAGUCAAUGUUGGUUCUAGGCUAUAAAUAUAAGUUUCCGUGCAUGGCACGGUAAGUGAAGUUAGCAACCCACCAACAAUUACAUUCCUAACAUAAUUUGCACGUACUUGCCAUAGCGCAUCACGUGCCCGUGCAGAACACGCACUCCGAACUCCCGCGCUCCGGCACGGGACCACGCGGAGCAUGCGCAUUACUCCGGCUCUCGAUGCUGUUUCUUCUUCAUCCUUGCUGCGCCAACAGUCAGAUCGCUUGACAACCUUGGCCAGUUUUUGAGCAUUGAGCACUUUCCAUUUCCGAGCAACCAUGUCUGAAUCUCUGUCAGUGAACAACGCCAAGAAAAUGCGCUCUGUAGAGCUGCGACAAGAACUGGCGGCCCGCAAUUUAGACACAACGGGGACCAAACCCAGGCUGUUGACUCGCCUGCUCGAGUCAUUGGAGUUCACUGCAGUGCGCGAGGACUUGGCCACUCAGGCAGCCGAGCAGAACCUACCCCAGGCAACUGCUGCUCCGUCCCUGAGGGACAUUAUCCGGGAGGAGGUCCGUGCUGCCCUUGGAAAUCAGGCCGCGGCUCCAGUCCCGCCGGCAGCUCACGCAGCGGCACCCCCACCGCCAGCUCACGCAGCGGCACUCCCACGGCAAGCACCAGCAACUCCGCAGGACGCUCUGCCUGCUCCGCAUUUGGCGGCUGCCGUCUCACCGCCAAUGAACCCCGCAGGUACGGCGCUUCCGGACCCUCAACCCAACUGCCGACGCAGCGCCUACACCACCAGCGCAGUCCACCCUCCAUCAGUUGAUGACGCAGCCAUGGAGCUCAUCCGUCACGGCCUGGCAGACAGCUCCAACGCGACGUACGCUUCAGUGCAGCGUUCCUACGAACGCUUUGCUGCCCUACGGCAGGUCGCGCCGUACCCGGUGCCGGAGCCCAGCCUGAUUAACUUUCUGAAUUGGAAAUUCUCGUCCGGCUCGUCUGGCUCGUCUCUGAAACUCUACACCCAGGCGCUGAGACAUCAGCACGUCCUGCAGGGCCUCUGCCUGGAUGUUUUCGCCUCACCGCGUGUCCGGCUGCUCCGGCAGGGGGCGCUCAGAUCCCAGACGGCAGUCCGGAAAGUGCUAACGGCCGCAACUUUGGACGAUCUGGCUGGCGUACAGCACUACCUGCAGUCCACUGUGCCUAGCCCGCACAACCGCGCCAUGCUCUGGAGCGCCGUGACUCUGGCCUUCCACGGGCUGCUCAGUGUCAACGAGUACACCUUCACGGCACGGGGCGCCGGCCUUGAGUACAGCGAUGCGACCAUGUACCCAGACCGCGUGGAGCUGCGCCUGCGUGUGACAAAGACGAGCCAAUACGGCAGCGGCCAGGACAUCACGGUCAGGAGGACAGGCUCGCCGACAUGCCCGCACACGGCAGCCACCAGCUACCUAGCAGCCCGUGGCUCGGCACCUGGCCCGCUCUAUCGCUAUGAUGAUGGCACGCCCCUGAAGCCGCAUAACAUCAACAGGCUACUACAAACAGCCUUGCCUAACACAGACGUGCGCAGCCACAGCCUCAGACGAGGCGCUGCAACGCUGGCAGGCAAAGCUGGCGUGCCUGAGUAUGUGCUGAAGACCGCCGGCAGGUGGCAAAGCUCUGCCUACCUCCGCUAUGUCCGCACCCCUGUUGCAGACAGAGCAUUGCCAGCGGCAUUGUUCUAGUCUCUGCCCGUUAUGCUAAUGGGUAGCCGCAUUGGACGGCCCUAGCAACAGCUGUAGUGUACAUAUGAUAUACAUAUUAUACUAUAACUAUAGUAAUGCUACUACACCAAAGGAAUGCCGAUAAUUCCUGUUUGGGUCAUGUUGUAUUUUUGGGAGAACGGUAGGGAUCGUGGGUCAGGCCGGCAUUGAGCCAAGUGCGCCUACAUGUGCUCACAAGUGCAUCCCUACCGUAUGCUCAUGUAUUGACACGCCUAAGAACGGUAGGGAUCGUGGGUCAGGCCGGCAUUGAGCCAAGUGCGCUCACAAGUGCAUCCCUACCGUACGCUCGUGUAUUGACACGCCGGGCAAUUGUUGCCCCCAUUAGCCCUGGCAUUGGCCAGUCUAACGCACAUUGGUGCUCGCGAUACUACGGCAUUGGACCAUAGUAUUGCAUACUGUAUGCGGCAAUUGUUGCCUAUGCCCUGAUAAUACAACGCGUAAUAGCUCCCAAACAGGUCGGCUUGUGUGGUUGUUAAAUAUAAGUUUCCGUGCAUGGCACGGUAAGUGAAGUUAGCAACCCACCAGCAAUUACAUUCCUAACAUAAUUUGCACGUACUUGCCAUAGCGCAUCACGUGCCCGUGCAGAACACGCACUCCGAACUCCCGCGCUCCGGCACGGGACCACGCGGAGCAUGCUCAUUACUCCGGCUCUCGAUGCUGUUUCUUCUUCAUCCUUGCUGCGCCAACAGUCAGAUCGCUUGACAACCUUGGCCAGUUUUUGAGCACCACCACCCACCCCAUCAUCUCUAACCAUCAUUCUAUUCUAAGCCAUCCCGGAAGGGAGAACGGUAGGGAUCGUGGGUCAGGCCGGCAUUGAGCCAAGUGCGCCUACAUGUGCUCACAAGUGCAUCCCUACCGUAUGCUCAUGUAUUGACACGCCUAAGAACGGUAGGGAUCGUGGGUCAGGCCGGCAUUGAGCCAAGUGCGCCUACAUGUGCUCACAAGUGCAUCCCUACCGUACGCUCGUGUAUUGACACGCCGGGCAAUUGUUGCCCCCAUUAGCCCUGGCAUUGGCCAGUCUAACGCACAUUGGUGCUCGCGAUACUACGGCAUUGGACCAUAGUAUUGCAUACUGUAUGCGGCAAUUGUUGCCUAUGCCCUGAUAAUACAACGCGUAAUAGCUCCCAAACAGGUCGGCUUGUGUGGUUGUUAAUAAUUAUUACGGCUCAAACGGUUAGUCCGAUUAUCCAGUUGCAGACCGGUUACGAAGAAUUUACGGCUAACCGAUAAAGAUAACGGUUACGCAGUAACUUUUCAGUCAAUUUUUCGAGGAUCAGGUCGUUGCAAAGUAUGCACUUUCGCAGGCUGUCGCACGCGUACGCAAUUUCUGGGCUGUGAACUCGGUCAUAUCUGGUCUCUUGGUGUGAGAGUAUGUAUGAAUGAGCAUGCAAGAGAAUGCACAUGUGUGAGUUGUACUGGAUAGGGUACAUUUUUUGAAUGAGUAUAGUCAAAUAUACGGUUAAAAAAGAGUCCGCAGGAUCGCCGUGGCUUAUAGGUUAUAGCCGUUGAACCGACCGUUAGCUUAGCAGUUAACCGUUAGGGGUAAAACCGUGACCGUUUGAGCCCUAAUUAUUAUGCAGUUGGCAUCCCUCAGUCUGGCAUGCUGAAAUGUUCAAGUCGACGCUCCACGACUGCCUUCUAUAUUUGGAUUUGGUUGAUGUGGCAAACAAUUGCCGCUGCUUUAACACUGUAGUUAAUAUACACAUGAUUUGCUUCUUAUCUGGACAGUGUAUUUGUGUGGUAUUCUGACAUGGUUCUUGUGUCAUGUGGUCAAGAACACUGAUUUUCUACUGUU